UCUUCCCGAUGUUUUUUUUCUGCCUCCAAUUCGUACUCCGUCUAACAACGUUAGAUAUUCUCGAGGCCUCUCUGUUUUCUGAAUUCACAUAUUCUUGAUCUUCCAACUUGUCCAUGCUUCCACCAUCUUCAUCUUCUUUCCUAUCUUCAGCUGUAACAUAUCUCUUUUUCAAGUUUCACCCAUACGAUUAGCUGAAUUUAAGCCAAACCCACCCAGUUCGCGCUCUAUCCUAUUACAAUAUAUUCCCAAAAUUUACUUUUUCAGUGUAGUAUCAUUCAACUUUGCGUGAAACUCUUCGACCGGGUCACAUGGCUGCCGUGCUUCGAUCGAAGCCUUACAAGGAGACGGCCUCUCUCACUCUCGUUCAGUUCAGAUAUUUUGUGUACAAUUAUAUGCAUGCUGGUCGCAUGCCCAGUUCUCAUUGUACGCGUCGCACAAAGUGGGAUGAGCGCUUCAUGAAUACUCCCUAUCACUUCACUUCCUUCAAGCCCGUCUCGUUGCGCGGCGACUUCAUCGAAAAGGGCACCCAGUUUAUGGAGGGUAGGGGAAAAGCUCAGAAUUGUAAUAAAAACUUAGGUGACAAAAUGGGCAGUGAGUCCAACUUUGUUACUUGUUCAUACGGGGACCCGCCCGAGGUGUGGUCGGGUGGCGGAAUUGUUGUUCGGCCGGGAAAUACGACUUUUAAUGUUGUCCGCGGCGGCGGCGGCGGCGGUCCUAGUCCUGGUUCAGGAGGUGAUUCUGGGUCGAAUUCAAAGGAUGAGGACUGGGGUGGAUCCAAUUUGGGGCAUAAUCUUCCAACGCCAAAGGAGAUUUGUAAGGGACUCGACAAAUUUGUAAUUGGACAGGAGAAAGCCAAGAAGGUGCUUUCUGUGGCAGUUUACAACCACUAUAAGAGAAUAUUUCAUGAAUCUUCGCACAAGUGGCCUGCAGGAGAUUCACAUAAUGACAAAGCCGAUACUGUUGAUGAAGAUAGAGUUGAAAUUGAGAAGAGCAAUAUUCUUUUGAUGGGGCCAACAGGAUCAGGAAAGACAUUACUCGCCAAAACCCUAGCACGGUUUGUAAAUGUUCCCUUCGUUAUUGCAGAUGCAACUACACUCACUCAGGCAGGAUAUGUUGGGGAAGAUGUGGAGUCAAUAUUAUACAAGCUUCUUAUGGUUGCAGAUUACAAUGUGGCGGCUGCACAACAAGGCAUUGUUUACAUUGAUGAAGUUGACAAAAUUACCAAAAAGGCUGAAAGCCUUAACAUCAGUAGAGAUGUCUCAGGGGAAGGUGUUCAGCAAGCAUUAUUAAAGAUGCUUGAGGGAACAGUUGUCAAUGUUCCUGAGAAAGGAGCUCGAAAACAUCCUAGAGGUGACAAUAUAUUGGUACGUGGACAUAAGAUUGAUACAAAGGAUAUACUUUUUAUUGUUGGAGGGGCCUUUGUUGACUUAGAGAAAACAGUCUCUGAAAGGCGCCAGGAUUCUUCUAUUGGAUUUGGGGCACCUGUACGUGCAAACAUGAGGACAGGAGGUGUCACAGAUGCUGCUGUUGCAUCAUCAUUAUUGGAAACUGUUGAAAGUAGUGAUCUUAUCGCAUAUGGUUUAAUACCUGAAUUUGUUGGGCGGUUUCCUAUCCUAGUCAGUUUGUCAGCUUUAACUGAAAGUCAACUCAUUCAGGUUCUUACCGAGCCAAAGAAUGCUCUAGGGAAGCAAUACAAGAAAAUGUUCGAAAUGAAUGGAGUGAAGCUGCAUUUCACAGAAAAUGCCCUAAGAUCGAUUGCCAGAAAAGCAAUAUCUAAGAAUACUGGUGCCCGGGGCUUACGGUCCAUAUUAGAGAAUGUAUUGGUGGAUGCCAUGUAUGAGAUUCCUGAUGUCAGAACGGGUGAUGACAUUAUAGACGCUGUUGUUGUUGAUGAAGAAGCCGUUGAACAUCAGGGGCGUGGCCGUGGAGCUAAAAUCCUUUAUGGCAAGGGUGCACUGGGUCGUUAUCUUGAAGAACACAGAAGUAAUACUGAGUCUACGGAAGUUUCAGACAGGGACCAUGAAGCAGACACAGAACUUCAUUCUGUUGUUGCCAACAUGUAACUUCGUGCUGAUAUAUACACACAUAUAUAUAGAUUGUAGUUUCCUUUGUACAUAACAAGCUGGCUCAUUUAUUGGAUAAUUUAUACAAACAUGCUCAAUCCAAAUGUCCAAGCCGAUUUUGGUAACAAGUUUUGGGCAUUGUUGAUCUGCCAAAAAAUGUAUAUCGUAGGAGCAUUGCUCGGAGGAUCCUUAUUGUGUGUUCUUCUCAUCAGUCUUAGUAGCCAGCUAGCAGUUACUUAACAUCAAUCUGGGUUCAUAAAAAAGUAAGAAUACUGAGAUUGAUAUGAAGAUGUAGAUAUCUAUUUAAAUUUAAAGA